UCGCGCAAUGUAGUCCCUCGGCUAUCCUCGACGCGGGAGCAUCGCCGUUUCGAAAGAGCCGCGACCUUCUCCCCGUCGCGUCGCGUUCCUGGUGGUGUCAGGGGGCGAAGUACGCGCGAGAGGGGCCCGUUCGCACUCCCGAGGACACCUCUUCCGCGGACCCCGUUCGCGCAGCGCGCGGAGGAGCGCGCACGGUAUAUCUCGCUCGUCAUAGCGACGAUAUGAAGACUCCUCCUCAGCCCCGCAGACUCCGUCCCCGUGCGAGCCUCCGUAAUUGACAGGAGUCAUACUGCGUGCGAUCACUUUAUCCCCGGGAGUAUCUCGUUCGUUCCCUCCCCGCAGACGUUUCCUCCAGACGAGUAGCGCGACGCGACGUUACGUAAACAUCAACAUCAGGCUCGUCUGUGUGCGAAGUGGUAGUACAGUGAAGGUACAGUGAAGCAGUGUCUGCAAAAUGCAAAAGCAGUCAAGCGAAUGAUCGCGCCAGAAGAUUUCAAUCUCCGCGACGUUUGAUCGAGGUUGCUGUGAGACCGGAGAGAGUGGAGAACGCGAAGCGUACAGCGUCGGAGCGUCGUUGGACACACAUCCUGAAAUUUCGAAAAAUUUAAAUAACCGCGCGAACAUUUCGUCGUGGUGAGAGUGGCUAGGUACUUGUCCAGCAAUAAUCUUUUACUGACCGCGCAAAAAAGUAUAACAAUAAAAUUGCCGAGAAGAAAGAAAAGGAAACAUUGCCAGUACGUAAAUAGGAAAAUCGUCUGUCGCAGAUACGUGUGUGAAUCUCAUCGUGAAUUCCGUCCUGGAGUGCUUUGCUUUGCCGAACGCAAAUCCCGUAACGUAAAACAGUUUUCGGCUUCAUGAUAGAAGCGUCGCUCCUGAGCGUUUAAGGACAUCGUCGACGAUCUCUCGAGGGUCUGCGUUUAAUUGCUGGCGGCAUUAGAACUGCAGAAGAGCGCGUUACACAGAUGACAGAGAGGACGGCAGAGAGGGAAAGAGAGGAAGGCGCGCGGUAGAGAAAAGAAUUGCAUCUACCACGACGGAAAAUCGCGCAGCGUCGGCGGCUGAUGGGGAGAUGUUAAAGUUAAAAGCCGCUCGUAAAACGCAUUGUCUCGCGGGUGCUACAGCAACACUGCCGUCGCGCGAUCGAAACUUGUUUAUUUCACCCGUAACGUACAAUUGAAAGGUACGGGGAAAAAAUUUGCUGCGGCUCGUCUCUCCUCGCCUAUCAACGCACAGCAGAUUUUGCACACGGACAGUGAGUUCGCGGUGCGCGUGAAUGCAAACGAUUUCUACAGACAAAUCGUCGAACGGCAGCUGUAAAGGGACAAAAGAGGAAGGAAACGCGAUUCCCUUCGCUGGAUGCGGCCACCAUUGAGGCACGUUUGAAGUCGAUCUUCCUCCCUUGAGGAAGAGAAAUUGCGAGCCCGGAAAAAUGCGAUGAAGCCGCGCGCGCGGGGCAAAUAACCGCGGCGGUAUGAUCGAUGGAACGUCCAGCGCAACGUGCGGAUUGCAUUAAUAACGACGACCGGCCUAAUGCAUCGCCGGCGAUCUUAUAGUCGGCGUAGCGAGAGAUACGAAGAGUAGUACGCCGCUUAGUGUCGGAUGGGAACCGGUCCUUCGCAUCGAUCAAUAUGGAUCCCAGGGGAAUACUCUCCGUCGAUGACGCGAUGAGUGAUAAUGGCGAUGCGGAGUUCGCCUAAGUUGUUCAACUACGACCGACAGAGCGGCGGAAAACGGGGUCAGACGGGUUCACCGUUGUCGCGUCGCGAUGUGAUAAAACACAUCGGCUGUCGUUCGCAGAUCGGCCGAUGAUUCGCCACGACAAUUCUCGCGCGACGGUCGUCGGCGUGAAUAAUAAACGUCGGAUUAAUUAUUGAAGCGUCCGGUUUUUCGGGACAGCCGAUAGUGGGAGUUACGCGGCUUGCGACGAAACCGCGCGAUACGCAAUUAGCAGCGGCGUCGCCCCGUAAUUGGGAGAAUGUGGUAUCGUUCUAGAGCUGUUUCGUGAUAGUGAGCGAAUUAUUAAGCAGAGAGUGCCCGUCGUUUACCGCGAUUUUAUCGACGAGGGAAAACUAAUCGAGGGACGCCGCACUCUAAUCUUGUUUUCGAGAGCGAGAUCACGGAGCGUUAUCGUCCGUUCGGCGCGCGAGUGGUUGUGCACGGAUGUACGGUGAAUGUACGAAGUGAUUCUUCUGCCCGCUCUCUCUCCCCUAACGCUAGAGUACGUGAAAUGACGCCGCGAUCGUCGAUCGGCGUGGUGUGUUAGUGUGGAGAUUCACUUAUUUCUUAUCGCCGUUUGGCGUCUCCUGAAAACGACUGCGAUGCGCCUGAGAUAGUAUAUCGAUAUGUGAAUGAGCCACGCCGGGGAAAAGCGAUGUCUACUUCUCUUCCCACACUUGUCUGUUUUAUAAUUUGUUUUGGCGGUAUAGCGUCAUGCCUACGAAACUUUCGGACCGAUUUCCUGGAGGAAUGGCCGACGCCAGGUACCGGGCCUCACUUCGACAUCUCAAUGCAAUCGAACUUCACCGGGCUGGUGGGGAAGACGGUGCAUCUCGUGUGCAAGGUGAAGAACUUGGGGAAUCGAACGGUUUCCUGGGUGAGGCACCGAGAUAUACAUCUGUUAACAGUUGGUCGUUACACUUAUACCAGCGAUCAACGCUUUGAGGCACUACACUCCCCUCAUACGGAGGACUGGACCUUGAGGAUACGAUAUCCUCAGCGUAAGGAUUCCGGGAUUUAUGAGUGCCAAAUAUCUACGACCCCGCCCAUCGGCCACCCCGUGUACUUAACGAUAGUCGAGCCGGUAACCCUUAUAAUCGGAGCCCCGGACCUCUUCGUCAAUAAGGGCAGCACUAUCAAUCUAACAUGCGUCGUAAAAUACGCUCCCGAGCCACCCCCAACGAUGACCUGGAGUCAUAACUCGGAGGUUAUCAAUUUUGAUUCUCCACGUGGCGGUAUCAGUCUCGUCACGGAAAAGGGUCCCGAGACAACGAGUCGUUUGAUGAUCCAGAAAGCCGUGCCGAGCGAUUCCGGGAUCUAUCGUUGCGAACCGAGCAACGCGAAUCCUAGCAGCAUAAAGGUGCACGUUGUUAAAGAGGAGCAUCCAGCUGCGAUGUAUCAUGGGGACGGAAGCUCCUCGUACAGCAAGACACAGCCGAUUUGUUUUAUAAUUUUAGUAAUAGUUAAUAUAAUGUUUAUAUAAGACGAGAAGACACACUUAUCCCGACACACGAUGAAAUGAGAAGCGCGAUCGCCAAGAAUCGCGUGUUGCCUAUUUAACGUCGUUAACGGUUUCUUGGAUAAAUAUUUGUGCAGGGUAAAACCGAACAUUACCAUUUACAUUUAAAAAAAAAAGAAAAAACGAACUUCCGUGACCAAAAGAAUUUUCAAAUAUCAGCACGGCACAAUAAUCGGUAAGAGCGUAGUAUUUUGUUAACAUAUAUCAUCAAGAACAAAUAACUUACGACGUCAAAAUUUAUUGUAUUAUUUGUAAAUAAAUUUAUUGUAUGUACAUAUCAAUAAAACGAUUGUC